AUGCUGCUCACUCUGUCCCGGAAAUGCCCUGCCAGCGGUAACAUGGGGGCAUCCGCUUCAGUUGCAAUGCUUCCGGUUGAGUCCACUGUCGCCAAAACGGUUGCAUGCCGACACUGGGACCACGUGGAACGAAGUGGCCUCAGCGCAGCAGCCCCCACGGUUGAACGUGAAACACGCUCUCUCAGCCAAGAUUCAGAUGAUUCGGACGCAUCGUUUGACACGUGGGACACGUCUUCUCUUUUCGCUCCUCUUCCUUUAUCGCCCAAAGGCGUCGAUCGCACGUCUACCGUGUUCAUCUUCGACUUGGACGACACGUUAAUCCCUACGGAGUGGAUCCGGUCGUCUUACGCGGCGCAAAAGGAAGAUGGCCGAACGACCGAAGAAGUGUAUCAGGCGAUUCUGGCCGAAAUCAAUCGACGGACAAGGAGCGAGUUGGUUCCACAUAUUCUGAAGGCGCUACGAAAGGCGAAGUCUCUCUGCAAUACUGUGGCGAUUGUCACGAACGCAAGAUCUCCGCGGUGGCUUGGUGUAUUUGAGUCAAUGUUCCCGGAGGUUGUCCAGUGCCUGCACGAAGAAGAUAUACCGAUCAUCAGGUCGUGCCCCCAGGGCCAGGAGCCAAACAUUUACGAAAGCACGGCGUAUUUCAGUUAUUGGAUGAACGCAAAGAAGAGCAAGUUCGAGGAGGUUAUUCGGCAGCAUCACGAAAAUGUACCCGGAGCGGCACUCAAACGUGUUGACUUGAUUUCAGUGGGAGAUAAUGACUUCGAGGAAUACGCAGCUACGCAUUUGGCGUUGGAGUCCCCUCACGCUGUACGAUUUGCAAAGGUCGUCCGGUGCCGGCCAGGCUUGGCUCCAGAACAUUUUCUUGCUCAACUAAGAGACAUUCAGAGGGCAAUCGAUUGCGUGUUCAUGGAGAAGAGCCCUCGUGAGGUAACUCUGGUCGGCAAUGGCGUCACAUACCGAAUUCACGGAACACCGAGUUUGAAAAUGCUCCCUCCCCGAAUGCAGUGCUUCCAGUCCCAUGGGGCUUAA